GAAACACAGAGCAAACAACACAUUUUCUGAACUUUUUGCAAACUGCCUUUGCCCAAAAUGUCGAAGGAGGAGCAGAUUGGCAAGCAGAUUGGCAAGCAGAUAAAGAAAUUUAUGGAGGAUUGUGCUGAGGUACCCCAAGACAAGAAGCUGAUUGAUUUCAAUAGAGUUUUAUAUCCUAGUGUUUUAUGCAGUGAGGAGACUUUUAAGGCUUUGGAAUCCUUUGAGGCAAGAGAGGAUGAUCUGAUGCUGGUUUCUUACCCUAAAUGUGGAACCAAUUGGUCUGUGAAUCUACUGAAUGACAUAGUGAAGGCAGUGUGCAAUAAAGACCCGUCACCCAUCAUUCCAAUUCUAGAAUUUGGAGCUCCUGACAAAUUUGAGAAACUAAAUCAAGAACCAUCGCCGAGAGUUUUAGCAACACAUUUACAUUAUGAUAAUAUUCCCCAAAGGUUUUUCGAUAAGAAACUGAAGAUGAUGGUUGUAUUUCGGAACCCAAAAGACACAGCAGUAUCAUAUUUUCAUUUUUAUAAUAACAACCCAGUGCUUCCCAAAUAUAGUUCUUGGGAUACAUUUUUUGAAGAUUUUAUGAGUGGAAAUGUUUGUUGGGGGUCAUAUUUUGAUCAUGCACUUGCGUGGAACAAACACAUUGAUGAUGAAGGUGUUUUGAUAAUGACUUUUGAAGAAAUGAAAGAGGACCUAAAGGCAGCAGUAAAGAAGAUAUCCAAGUUCUUUGGAUUGAGUCUAAAUGAGGAACAAACUCAAGAAGUUGCUGGAAAAGGCACAUUCACAGCCAUGAAAGAAAAAAUGACUGAAACUAGGAAGGAUUUUGCAAAGAUAUUUUUAAGAAAAGGUGAGGUUGGAGACUGGAAAAACCAUUUCUCAGAAGCUCAGAGCCAAGAAAUAGAUGCCAAGUUUGAGGCGUGUUUAGCAGGAACCAAACUAGGAGAAAUGCUGAAGUAUAAUGUGUAUUGUAAAUAGGCCAUUCAUGAGAGUGGCUGAGGGAUUUAUGACGCUUGUUUGGUAAUAAAAAAGGUUUUGUCA